AUGCCUGUGGUUGUCAGCGCGUCUCCGGACAGGUAACCGGGUGUGUUGCUGGUGCCAUGGCAACGCCAGAGCUGCGGCUGUUUCCUGUCAUUGUGGUUACCGUCAUCCUGGUGGCGUUGUCGGCUGCGGAUGACCACGACUGGCACUUUAAACCAGCUCAGUGUCGUUAUGCCCUGGGGAUGGAGGAUGGCACCAUCCCUGACUCUGACAUCACGGCUUCAAGCGCCUGGUCAGACUCUACUGAGGCCAAACACGGCAGGUUGAGUAAAGGAGAGGGAGAUGGUGCGUGGUGUCCUGCAGGAGCAGUGUUCCCCAGUGCUUCAGAGUACCUCCAGGUGGACCUGCGCUCGCUGCACUUCCUGGCUCUGGUGGGUACCCAGGGUCGCCAUGCCGACGGGCACGGCCGGGAGUUUGCCCGCAGCUACCGGCUCCGUUACUCCCGAGACGGACGCACCUGGAUCACCUGGAAGGACCGCUGGGGGCAGGAGGUGGUGUCUGGGAAUGAGAACACCUAUGAUGUGGUUCUGAAGGACCUGGGUCCACCCAUUGUUGCCCGCCAUGUCCGCUUCUACCCCCUGGCAGACCGGGUCAUGAGCGUCUGUCUACGAGUUGAGCUCUAUGGCUGUCUGUGGAACGAUGGCCUGUUGAUGUACACAGCUCCAGUGGGUCAUGUGAUGCACCUGUCUGGCUCACCUGUGUACCUCAACGAUUCCACCUACGAUGGCAGCAUAGAGUCAGGGGUUCAGUUCGGAGGCCUGGGCCAGCUGUUUGACGGUGUGUUAGGAGGGAAUGACUUCACAGAGACCAAGGAGCUGAGGGUGUGGGCGGGGUAUGACUACUUGGGCUGGAGCAGAGAGGCUCUGGGGCAGGGCAGCGUUGACAUCGAGUUCCACUUCGAAAAGACACGCAGCUUCCACACCAUGCAGGUCCACAGUAAUAACCACCACACCCAGGGUGUGAGGGUCUUCAGUAAGGUAGAGUGUCAGUUUAAACCUGGCCUCUUACUCCCCUGGUCCUCGCCCCCCCUCUCCCUGGCUGUACCUCUAGAGGACCUGAAGGACCCCUCCUCACGCCCCAUCUCCCUGCCCCUGGGGGGUCGCCCCGCCCAGAUCUUACGCUGCCAGUUUGCCUUCGCAGACCGAUGGAUGCUCAUCUCUGAGAUCUCCUUCUACUCCGAGCCGUACGGGGAGGGUGUCGACCCCAUGGACACGGGCUCUGCUCUUCCUGCUCCUCCGGUCUCCUCCGCUAGUCCUCCUCCUCCUGUCUUCCCGUCCUCCGUCAGCCCCGCCCUCAACCACAACUUCACUAGCGUUCCCUCAGAACCCCCCACCACCAACCCCAUGAUGGACAGCACGGGUAACAGCACACUGUCAGGGGCCGACUUCGAUGCCAUGACCCCGAGGGCGGGCCUUCCUGUCGCCAAGGACGACAGCAGUAACACAGCCAUCCUGAUUGGCUGCCUGGUGGGCAUCAUCCUGCUGCUAUUAGCUGUGAUCGCUGUCAUUCUGUGGAGGCAAUACUGGAAGAAGAUACUGGGCAAGGCCCAGGGCAGUCUGUCCAGUGACGAGUUGCGUGUCCAUCUAUCCGUCCCCUCGGACAACGUGGUGAUCAACAACACACACAGCUACUCCAGCCGCUACCAGCGUAUACACACUUUCCCUGACGACAGGGACAGGGAGCGCUGUGACGGAGAGGGAGAGUACCAGGAGCCCAGCGCACUGCUCCGACCACGAGACAGCAACGCCUUGCUGUUAAACAACCCAGCCUAUGACCUCCUCCUGUCAGAUCAGAGGCAGCAUGGCUCAGGCUCCUCGUGGCCCCUAACCUUCCCUUUGGCCAGGGCCAGCUCCUCCCACCCUCAGGAGAAGAGCCUCAAUAAUGGGGCCCAGGCCUGUGGUAUGGACUUGGAGAAGGGCUUGCCCCCCACCCAGGAGGAGCCUCCCCCGUACCCCGAUGCCCCUCCCUACCCGGCCCUGUCUCCCCCCUUCCCCGCCAGCGUGCCCCACUAUGCAGAGGCAGACAUCGUUAGCCUGCAGGGCGUCAGUGGUAACAACACGUAUGCAGUGCCAGCCCAGACCUCCCCCAGCCCCACUGCAGCAGACUGCACCCUGCCUGAACUGCCCCGACACUGUCUGGUCUUCAAGGAGAAACUGGGAGAAGGACAGUUUGGAGAGGUGCACCUGUGUGAGAUAGAGAGCCCUCAGGACCUGCCUAACCUGGAGUUCCCUUUCAACGUGAGGAAAGGACGCCCUCUGCUGGUGGCUGUUAAGAUACUGCGCCCUGACGCCUCCAAGAAUGCCAGGAAUGACUUCCUAAAGGAGGGGAAGAUUCUGUCUCGUCUGAAGGACCCCAACAUCAUCAGUCUGUUGGGAGUGUGUGUGAGCAGCGACCCUCUCUUUAUGGUCACAGAGUACAUGGAGAGUGGGGACCUCAACCAGUACCUCUCACACAGAGUCCUGCUGGACAAGACUGGACCCACACACAACACCCCCACCAUCAGUUACCCUGCUCUGAUCGCCAUGGCCAGUCAGAUAGCUUCAGGGAUGAAGUUUCUGUCGUCUCUGAACUUCGUGCACCGUGACCUGGCCACAAGAAACUGCCUGGUUGGGGGUGAGAAGGGCGAGAGCGGGGGCGACCGGGGCGGGGAGCGACCCAUCAAGAUCGCAGACUUUGGGAUGAGCAGAAACCUGUACGCUGGAGACUACUACCGCAUCCAGGGGCGAGCCGUGCUGCCUAUACGAUGGAUGGCCUGGGAGUGUAUACUGAUGGGGAAGUUCACCACAGCCAGUGACGUGUGGGCGUUUGGUGUGACUCUGUGGGAGAUGCUGAGUGUGUGUCAGGAGCAACCCUACUCCAACCUGACUGAUGAACAGGUCAUAGACAACGCCGGAGAGUUCUUCAGGGACCACGGAAGACAGGUGUAUCUGAGCAGGCCAGAUGUGUGUCCUCAGGGUCUCUAUGACCUCAUGCUGAGCUGCUGGAACCGGGACUGCAAGCUCCGCCCAUCAUUUGCCCACAUUCACUCCUUCCUCACAGAGGAUGCCAUGAACAUGGUGUAGGGGGAGAGAGGAAUGGAAGAGUGAGAUGGAGAGAGAGGGAUUAGAGACGGCUCCUCCUACCUCCAUUCCUCCAUUCAUCGUAGAGAUGAGUGCUUUGAGCGAGGGAUGUGUGUAGAAGUGGUGGAGGUGUAGAGGGAGAGGUGUGCAGUAGAGGGACGGGUGCCUGCUUGUAUAUUUUGUAUCUCUCUAUGAUGGGCGGAUGGGGCUGAGACACCGCUGGUUCGGUUUUCACUCCCACAAGACAGACCACAACCCAAACCCCUUUACCCCCCUGAGUAGUCUCUGAGCGUCUUGAUAAGAAUGUAACACAACACAGUGGUUGGUGCGGUGGUGGGUUGAUGUCUGAUUCUGCAUAGUGCUUCCAGGACCAACGAUGGUCUGUCAAUGGUCUGCUAGCGAACACAGGGAAGCUGUAAGACGUAUGGGGAGGCGGUGUGACAAUGCUUGGUAAUGUAGAUGAAGCUAAAAUGAAUGUGUAACGCUGAUUAACGUUGAUCAAAGAAUAUCAACAAUACCAAUCUGAUUAUGUAUCCAUGUCAGACUUUAAUACUCUGACACUCAUAGUUUAAUAGCAUAUUAACAUGUUGGGAUAAACUUAAUAACACAUUGUCCUAUAUAGAUAUUUUAUUACUUGACCUGCUAAUGUUUUUGUUAUUUGUAUAAAUCAUGUGCUAGGGUUACUGGUGAAGGUCUAUAUAUAUUCUCAUACUGUCAACAUUUCUCCAUCUCAAAACGGUACGCACACAUUUUUCACACAGAGAUGAAAUUGCACACAAGGUUUGCUGUCUUAGUAUAUAACCCAGUUCUUCCCAGACCCUUAUUCCCAGCUCCAAACCCUCCAUCCCAGACCCCAGUCUAAGGUUGUCUCUAGAAGUCGCUCUGGAUAAGAGCGUCUGCUAAAUGACUUAAAUGUAAAUGUAAAUGUCUCAUGGAACCAGACGAGUGUGGCUGAAUAUUGCAUUAUAUUCCUCUGGCCUACCCGUUAAAGUCUGGCAAGCAGAAUGAUGGUAUCUCAUACACAGGCCAGUAGCAGACACAGUAACAGCUGUUCCACCAGCAGUCUGUAACACCAGGCAUUAGACAAUGCUGCCAGCCAGUCAGUCAGUCAGCUCCUCAGCCCAGACUUGGCUGGCAUUGUGACUAUAGUCUUCCACAUUCUGCUUCCCACUCCACCCAACUCAGUAUCUCACCAAUCCAGAAGCCUUUCAUUCUGCAGUCUCACUCAUAUCUCUCACAACUGAUCCACUCUGAGCUGUAACUAUGGAGUUAUAGAGGGUGUGAACUGAUCUGGACUCGAGGACUCUUUCCAGGACAGGAAGUGUGUGGUUGUUACCAUAGAGAUAUGGUUGUUACUCUACCAGACCUCCAAACUGGAACCCUUUGGACUUCCGGAGCCAGAGAGAACUGACUGGUGUCAUGUGACUUGAGCCUCACUGACUGAGAGAACAGGUACAGUAGGGGAGGUGCACUGUGAACGGCUACAGACUAUGAGAUUUGAACUUAACAGAAGAGAGACAUCCUUCCUGAUGAGAGCUGGAAUAGUACAGCCCACAGCAACACACACUGCACUGCCUGUGCUGACAUCACAUGUGAAACUGACAGUUGUGAUUGGUGACUAGCUGAUGGAACAGCAUAACACGGAUGGACAGAUGGAUUGACGACUAGAGGGGAGUGGGGGCUGAUAUAUGUAAAUGACCAUUUUCAUGUGUAAGUGAGGUGAGCGAUGUGAUUUUCUACCAGUGAUGAAUAGCGGAGCUGGGUCUGACGCAGUGACCCAGAUGCAGAAAGGAGGUUCAUGUAUAUGUCCAAUACACUACCAGCUGCACUUUAAAGGCUGUUUCUGUCCGCACGCCCCAAUACCUGCACUAGAAUACUAGAGUCGUGGCCAGUCUUGGGGCGUAGUUACAGUACUUGAACAACUAAUGAACACUUUCAGAGUAGCUCCCACAACACUGGUAUGCAUCAUGUCACUAUACGAGUAUCAUGUUGGUAUGCUAGUCUGGAUGUUGGAGCGUACAGACAGUCUGUAUCCCCUUGGUGUUAGUAUCGAUAGCAGUCCAACAUGGCAUUGCUGGUCAAAAUAGAUGUAGUUCUAAACAGAAAAACAGGUCAGUGUCAGGUCUUGUGAUUUAGCAUCUUAAAGAUUAUCAUGUAUUCAUGACUCAUAUCAGUGGAUUGUUGUUCAAAUAGAACUGCCUCAAUGUUCUCAAGGAGGAAAAUAGAGGUUUGGAAAACCUCUGUCUGCAUUAUGAGGAAAGACAGAACACCACAUGCUUUCUGCCAGUGUUACAUAGAUACCCAGCAGAGCUGAUGGUGCCAUAUGAAUACAGUAUGUGUCUCCAUUGACCUUUUUCCCAUAUACAAAUAUGGGUUUAGUUGGGCUACAGUGUAUAUAUUUCCUGUAUACUACUCAGAAUCUCCUUGUUGUCAGUGAUGUCAUCCUUUGUCUUUGAAGCUGAACCUGAUGUGUACAUAUAUUUUAAGGACAGAAUUGUUAUUUUGUUGACUAAUAUAUGGAAUGACUUUGUUACAGUUGGGGUCUCUUCUUUUUGUUCCUCUGUAGAAAGCUUGCUACCUUACCUUGGUGCCAUUGUAAUUCAUUGUGUCGUCUAUUUUUGUAGUUUUAAUAAAGUUAAUCUUUCCAAAUAAAGUAAGGAAGAAUG